UGGAGGAUAAAGUGGUAAAAACUGGAUGGAUAUCUUUUGUUUUGUUCUCCAGUUGCCCAACAAGAAAACUCCCCCCUUCAGAGAGCCAGUCAAUUAGAUUUGAACUUCAUGUAAUAAAUUACAAUUUUCACUAUGGAUUAAAAAGUUGGAGGUAAGUUAAAAGCAAAAUCUGACUAAAAUUGGGGCAUACAUACGUUAAGCAGCACCGCAACUGCCUAAGUUGCUUUAAUUCAUACUUUGUAGGUGAAUUUCAGUUACAAAUCUCACUCUGAACAAGUUCAUUGCUCCUAGUAUUUCCUGUGAAUUUUUGCCAAGAAGAGGAGGCAGAGCCUCACAGUAAAAGCCCAAGUCAAUAAGACCCACCAUCUGCGAAUGACUGAUCUAAUGGAUAAAUGACGACACAGCCUUGGUUAUGGUCAUUUGUCUUGCAGAAAACUGUGAUGACUGGUAUAAGUUGCGGAACGUUUGCAGAGAAAUGGAAAAAAAAGGCUACAGCUGCAGUGAUUGGUAGAAUUUCUAUUAAAGCGAUAUAGUAGGAUUUCAACUGUCGCAUAAUGUCUGACACACCAGUCAAAGGCCUGCAUCACCUGAAUUGGCACAAUGGAACCUUCGGUUUUCGGGUCCAUGCCACAAAAAGAACUACAACAUUCUACUUCAUAAGUGUGUACAUUGGAAGUCCUGCUACAAAGUUCUCCAGGAUAGUUAACUUGUCAAUAAAGACACAUACUAUCGCACUAUAUGUUUUAUUACGUUUGUGACAAACAAUGCCAUUUACCAACUGUAGGGGGACCUGGAGAACAAAUCCUACUUUAUGUUACUUUAAUUGUUACGAUUGUAACAUUGUGAAUUUCUGCAGGGACUGUCAUGUGAGAUUUAUUUUGGGCCCUGUCCCUUGAGCUUCACUUCCUCUUAUGCAGUGAUGGGUGGUGUUAAAGGAUUAAACAACAUGCGGGCUACUACAUAUCAAGAAGAUCACUCUCAGAAAAGGGGAAGAACCACAGGAAAGUCAUGUGGACAUUUUUAGACACCUGCACCCUCUUCCUAAGGCUGUUCUCCUGCUUUUCCUCUGCUGUGUCCUCCUCUCUUUAUUCCUCCUCUUGUCACUUACAGGGACAGUUUAAUUUAAAUGGGAUGCACAAAACUGGAGAUGUGAUUCUAGGUGGGAUUUUCAAAGUUCACUUCACUUCUACCUAUCCUGAUCUGUCUUUAACCUCAGAACCGCAACAGCCUGAGUGCUAUGGUUUUGAUGUUGUAGGAUUCAGACAGGCUCAGACCAUGGCCUUUGCUAUUGAUGAGAUCAACAGAAACUCUAACCUGCUGCCCAGUGUGACUCUGGGAUACAGUCUGUAUGAUAACUGUGAACAACUAGGAAUUGGAUUUCGUGCAGCACUGACCUUAGUCAGUGGUCAAGAAGAGCAAGUUACAUUAGAGGAGAACUGUGUAGGAACUCCUCCAGUCCUAGGAGUUGUGGGAGAUACUACCUCUUCAAGUACUAUUGCCAUAUCCACAGUGUUAGGUUUGUACAGAGUGCCUCUGGUGAGUUAUUUUGCCACAUGUUCCUGCCUGAGUGACCGACAAAAGUUUCCAUCUUUCUUUAGGACGAUCCCGAGUGAUGAUUUUCAGGUGAAUGCUAUGAUUCAGAUUCUAAAACACUUUGGUUGGACGUGGGCAGGUCUGCUCAUCAGCAGUGAUGAUUAUGGAGUUCACGCUGCCCGAUCCUUUCACUCUGAUCUGAGUCCAGCUGGUGGAGGUUGUCUGGCUUACACAGAGAUUUUGCCCUGGGGUGACGACCCUGCUGAACUCAGGAGAAUAGUGGAUGUGAUGAGGAAAUCUACAGCUCGAGUGGUGAUUGUGUUUGCACAUCAGAUCCACAUGAUUCAACUAAUGGUUGAGGUGGUGAGGCAGAAUGUGACAGGCCUGCAGUGGAUUGCCAGUGAAGCCUGGUCAUCACUUGAUGUGCUCCAGACUCCUCACCUCAUGCCGUACCUGGGUGGAACACUGGGCAUCGCCAUCCGUCGAGGAGAAAUACCAGGACUCAGUGACUUCCUGUUACGAAUACGUCCUGAUCUACAUCACAACAACACAGAUGGAAACAGCAUGGUGAAUCAGUUUUGGGAACACACAUUUCAGUGUAGAUUUGCACCACCUCCAGCAGGUUGGGUGGAAGCUGGAGGAGAAUUAUGCACUGGACAGGAAGUUAUAGAGAAUGUGGAGAAUGAAUUGGUAGAUGUUUCAAACCUCAGACCAGAGUAUAAUGUGUAUAAGGCUGUGUACGCUCUGGCAUAUGCUCUUGAUGACAUGCUGCAGUGUGAGCCAGGGAGAGGACCUUUCAGCAACAGCACCUGUGCUCAUUUGCAAAGACUGGAGCCAUGGCAGAUUAUGCAUUACUUGGAAAAAGUCAACUUCACCACAACAUUUGGUGAUCAAGUGUCAUUUGAUGAAAAUGGUGAUGCCUUACCUGUAUAUGACAUCAUGAACUGGGUGUGGCUCCCUGAUGGAAGAACUCAAGUCCAGAGAGUGGGUGAUGUUAAGAGGUCAGCCUUCAAAGGUGAAGAACUCACACUGGAUGAAGACAAAAUCUUCUGGAACUUUGAAUCCAAACAGCCUCCUCAGUCAGUGUGCAGUGAGAGCUGUCCUCCAGGUACCCGCAUGGUCAGAAAGAAGGGGGAACCUGAGUGUUGUUUUGACUGUGUCCCUUGUUCUGAGGGAAAGAUCAGCAAUACAACUGACUCCAUGGAGUGCACCAGUUGUCCAGAAGAUUUCUGGUCCAGCCCCCAGCGUGACCAUUGUGUUCCUAUGAAAACAGAGUUCCUCUCCUACCAUGAGCCUCUGGGUGUCUUCUUGACAACCACCUCACUGUUGGGCACAUUUAUCUGUGUUCUUGUUCUGGGCAUCUUCAUCCAUCAUCGCAGCACACCUAUAGUUCGUGCCAACAAUUCAGAACUCAGUUUUCUUCUCCUGGUGUCACUCAAAUUGUGUUUCUUGUGUUCGUUGCUCUUCAUUGGACGACCCAGAUUAUGGACUUGCCAACUAAGACAUGCAGCAUUUGGCAUCAGCUUUGUGCUUUGUGUCUCAUGUAUCCUGGUAAAAACCAUGGUGGUUCUGGCUGUGUUCAGGGCCUCCAAACCAGGAGGUGAGUCCAGUCUGAAGUGGUUUGGUGCUUUGCAGCAGAGAGGGACAGUUCUGGUUCUGACUUCUGUUCAAGCAGCAAUCUGCACUGUCUGGCUUGUCUCUGCUUCACCAGUGCCGCAUAAAAACACCCAGUAUCACAGUGACAAGAUAGUUUAUGAGUGUGUAAUUGGGUCCACAGUUGGUUUUGCAGUUUUACUUGGUUAUAUUGGUUUACUGGCUAUCCUCAGUUGUUUGUUAGCUUUUCUAGCAAGGAAUCUUCCAGACAGUUUCAAUGAGGCCAAACUCAUCACUUUCAGCAUGCUGAUCUUCUGUGCAGUGUGGGUGGCCUUUGUCCCUGCUUACAUCAGUUCACCAGGGAAAUAUGCAGAUGCAGUGGAGAUAUUUGCCAUCCUGGCCUCCAGCUUUGGCCUCUUGGUGGCACUAUUUGGACCCAAAUGUUAUAUAAUCUUGUUGAGACCAGAGAGAAACACAAAGAAAGCUAUCAUGGGUCGUGGCAUUGGAACAUAAAAACAGCAGACAGAGACACAGUUCUCUCUAUAAUCAGAAAGUAAAUGUAGAAUUACAUUUUCAUACAUAUUUCAAUAUUGUGUCAUUGAUAAAGGGUUAAUAAUUAAUAAAUGUUUUUUAAUGUGGAAUAUCUAAUUAGUUUUAAAACAGCCCAUCACCUACCCAGGGAUUUGAACUGUUGACCCUGUGGUGACAGGCCGAAUUCCCUUCCACUUGACCUUGGGCUGCCUAUAUUAUUCUUCAAGUAUAUAUUUAUAUUAUUCUGCAAAUGUGUUAAGGUCUUUGUUAUUUUUGAUGAUACAAGUUAACGCGACACAUAUACACACACAUAAUGCAGGCUCCAGCUGCAAUAGCACAGUCCUUUAGCAUUUAGUAAAGUUAUGGUUCUAGGGUAGAAGCCAUUUUUCAGUUUGUUUAAGCAGGUUUUAAUUGUUCUGAAUCUUCUGCCCUAGUGCAGCAGUUCAAAAAGAGAGUGUCCAGGCUGAGAUAAGUCUUCGAGCAUGGACUGGGCUCAAUUUAAGCAGCAGGGACUGUAGAUCUCCUCCACUGCCCACAGUGAUCUUGUGGGCAGUGUCAACGACAAUCUGGGGCACUUUCUUUCUGCUGCUGGACAGCUUGCAAACCACAAACCAAUGCAGGAUAUUUAAAUGCUCACCACUGAGCAAAGAUAGAACGACACAAGCUAUUUCUUUGUGAGAUGUUUUUUUUCUUGAAUGUCCUUAAGAAAUAAAGUCUCAUUAAAGUAUUUAGGUAUUUGGGCAGUAUGAAGCAGAUUGGAUUGAAAGACACACUAACCACUGACUGUACUGUCCCCAAAUAAA